AUGGUCUUUCCUUAUAAUGAUGGGUUAAUUCACUCACUUCCUCUACGCGAAAAUCACUUAAACCUUACGAUAGACAACAUAGAAGAAAGAUAUAAAGAUAUUCUUGUUCCUGUAAUAACAAAUGAAAUUGGUAUCCUAAAAGAUGUAGUUGGCACUGUAAUUCAAUGGUCGUGGAUCACAAUUGUUCUUAGUAAGAGGCAACCUCCAUCAUCAGAAGCCCUCCAACAGCCACCUUCACCUCACCACCCUUCCAGUCAUCGCAACCUCCUAGCCACCAUGAAUCCGGAAACCGCCGAAGCGUACCACCAUGCGUGUUUUUCGGUCAACUGUGGCCGCCGUGUGAGCUUUUGCCGCAUGCCUUUCCUCCUCACCGUCACUGAAGCCAAUUAG